AUGGUUAGCUGUGGAGGAAGGAAGGAGGAAGGCUUCACCAUCGCCGUGGACUACUUCCAGCGGAGGUACCCGGGCACCACCAUCGUGUUUGACAUCUCCAUCGUGUACAUCUUUGUGGCCUUUGGUGCGGUGCUGCUCAACAACCUUCUGGUGGAGCUGGUGCCACUCAACACAAGGAUCGUCUUCGGGUACGUGGUGUCGCUGGUGAUGCUGGUGUUCGUGAGUUUCUUUGAGAUCUGGUGGCCCGACACGUUCCCGCCCAGCCUGUCUUACCGCAUCACCCUGCUGUCCGUGUCGGUGGUGGCCUUCGGGUGUACAGUUCAACAGUCAAGUUUCUACGGCUACACAGGAAUGCUGCCCAAGAGGUACACACAGGCAGUCAUGACGGGCGAGAGCACGGCAGGACUCAUCAUCUCCGGGAAUCGCAUCGUCACCAAGCUGCUCCUGGACGACCAGCGCACCAACACCAUGAUCUUCUUCGUGCUGUCCAUCGUCUUCGUCCUCGUCUGCCUCGGCACUCACCUCGCCGUGCAGAAAACAACGUUCAUUCAGUUUUACCUCAACCAGUGCCACUCGGCCGAGGACAACGAGGACCUCAUGUGCAUCACGCUGGAGCCCUCAGACUGCCCCACCUCAGACUACCCCAUCCUGGUUGAGGUCGGUCCCAUCGGCAGCACAGUCACUCCAUCAGACUCCACCGCAACCUUCCACUCUGCCUCCACCCUGCCCGUCUCCGCCUCUGUGGAUCCCGUGGACUCCCAGGCGCCCAGCUACAGGGUGGAGCACGUCAUCCUGGGCCACGUGAGGGCGGGCCGCACCUCUACCUACACCCGCUCCAUCCGCAUGUGGUCGGCCAUCAAACGUGGUGUGGUGGCCCGCUGGCGUGUGGGCCGCAGCGUGUGGCACUACAUGCUGGCCAUCGCACUCGCCUACUUCGUGACGCUGUGCCUCUACCCGGGCAUCGUGACGGAGGUGGUGUCCUGCCGCAUGGGGUCCUGGAUGCCCGUGGUCAUGAUGGCGACCUUCAACCUCUUUGACUUCAUCGGAAAGGUGUUGGCAUCAGUGCCGUACGACUGGACGCGGCGCCAGCUGGUGGGCGGGUCGGUGGCACGCAUACUCCUGGUGCCGCUGCUUAUGGUGUGUGCCGGUCCUCGCGCCGCCCCACUCGUCCCUGGAGAGGCCACCCCAAUGCUCCUCUCGGCACUGCUGGGGCUCACCAAUGGCGUCCUGGGCUCGGUUCCAAUGAUCCUCGCGCCAACGAAGGUUCCUGAUGACCACCGGGAGCUGACUGGUAACAUCAUGACUCUCUCGUACUAUGUUGGUCUGACUCUCGGGGCCUCAGUCGCCUAUGGGUUAGACGACACCUUAGGUCCCCCAGAUCACACUCGCUGCCCUCAGUUCAGAAUCGCCCACUUGCCAAACGUCACAUACACAGCAGUGGGGUGAGAGGUAAGGACGGGGCAGUGACUAACCUUUCCUGAGUUAGUAGGAUGUGAGAGAGAGAGAAUAUGAGUGUGUGUGUGUGUGUGUGUGUGUGUGCCUGUGUGUGUGAGAGGACAUACAUUUCUUUGCAUUUUUUUACUUAUGUGCUCUUUCCUGUUCGUAUUUUCACCGCAUGAGUCAAGCUUUUAAUGUUUCCUCGUAUGAUUCCUCGAACUUAUGAAUGCUUUAUGCACACAAUUCAAUAUUUAUAUUUGGCGAAGCAUUGCAUUUAUCAGUCUUUUGGUUUAGGGAACAUAAUUUCUAAUAUUUAUCGCCUUUUUUGGUGGGGGUGUGGCUGAUUAAGGGAGGGAUUUCAAGCGAGGGAAUAUGUGUGUGAGUGUGAGGGGCGAGGAUGGAGGAGUGGCUACCCUUCCUUGCCCUAGUGUGAGUGAGUGGGUGGAUUGGAAAAGAUGCAUAAUUUAAGGUGUCGAGAGUGGCUGAGUGUGUGUAGGUGCCGCCGCCUCCUGCCUGUUGAAUCUUACCUGUCACUCGUCUGUAUUUAUACUCUAGUGUUUGGGUCUAUUUUCCUUAUCAUAUCUCAUGCCACUGAGGGAACAGCAUGUACUUAAUGAUUGGGCUAUGUGUGUGUGAGUGAGGGAGGUGUGGAUAGUUACUACUGAGUCAUUCUUUAUUUACAUUUGAUGGGUUUUUUUUUUUUUUUUUUUUUCAUCAUAGCUCAUAUCGCAUUAAGGGAACAACAUACAGUAAAAGAUUGGAUUUCGUGUGUGAGUGAGGGAGGUGAGGUUAGGUUAAUACUGUCUGUUAUUCUUUAUUUACCGUAUUUCCCACCAUAUAUGACGCACUCUUUUUCAAAAAGAAGAUUCAAAAAUGAAUUCUGCAUUUUCUACCUCGAUGGUUAGGUUUUGGUAGGCCUAGGGGUUAUUGUUACUGUUAUGAAGCCAACAACCAAAACACCUCCAUUUGACACAAUAAUUCCCAGAUGUCCCCAGAAUGACAUAUACAGUAGAGCCUCACUUAGCACGAGAUCAAUUAGCGUGAACCUCAAUUAGCGCGAGCCACCAUCUACCAAGAAAAAAAUUAAUUAGCGCGAAAGCCUCAGUUAGUGCGAGCAGCCACCAAGACUGAAUUUUGAAAAUUGCGCCAAGCCGCCAUGAUGCACGGCACAAGCCACGAGAACCCUUACUCUAGCAGACGACGCCAUGUUGAUACAGGGCAAGUGCUUUAUUUACGUUGUGGAUGUGGAUACGGGCAACUGACCUUGGCCGUGUGUGACGCACACCCAGAAAAUUUGGAUUUGCCAGUUGUCCAAGUGUGAUACUGCCUUAAGGCAGCGAGGCCGCUGACCGGGUGAGCGCUGGCGAUGACGUCAUCGAACUCCCAGCAAAUCACAAGCAUGUUUUCAGAGCUCAGCCAA